AUGACAGCACCGUUCCCGCAGACCCUCCCGACGGUUCCUCGGAAUCCCAUAUCCACCACCCUUUCCCACGCACUAUCCUCCGCGCGCUCCACGUUGGUUUUUCAGCAUCCCGACGGCGAGGAGUUCCGCGUGGUCUUCGACGUCUUAUUUCGCUACGAAGUCGUAGGCCCGAUUGGUUACGGCACCUACGGCUGCGUCUGCUCCGCCUGGGAUCGGAAUCGCGUGAAGGAGUUCGAGUUGAACCCCCCGGCGGAAUACAUCGCCGUGGAGACGGCGGAGGAACGCGAAGCGUUGUACGACGCCGCCACGCAUGUCGCCAUCAAGAAACUUUCCACGCUUUUUGAGUUUAAUCAGCCGCGCAUGUGGCUUUGUGCGUCGCGUGAGAUUCAACUCAUGAUGGCGUUUAAGCACGUCAACGUGCUAUCCGCGAUAGACUUCUUCAUCCCCUUGGGGAAUGUGGAUGGGUUAACCUACGAGUCCAUGCAACGACUGCGCAACACUUUUGAUAGCGUUUAUGUGGUGAUGAAUAAAAUGGACUACUCGCUGCGCGAGGUUUUAGAUUCGGCCUUUAUCACCGUGGCCGAGGCUUCCCCGGAGUACAUGGAAAUGCUAUUGCGUAGCUCCGAGCAUGACGCCACCCCGGUGUUAUCCUGUGAAACUACACCGAAGCUGUCGAAAUCCUCUGCGUUUAGUGAUGCGAUUAAUGCUGAAAAUACGGCAGAGGAGCCCAAUAAUUCUUUAAGUAAAGUGAUACGAUCCUCGGAAGAUUUCGGUGGGGACAAACGGGAUGGAAAAUUAUCUUUACAAGCGAUACGCGAACAUAUCCUUUCGGGUGCCUUCGAAAGCAGCGAAUUAUACAAUCAAAUUCGCAAAUUCAGUCGGAGCACUCGACAGAUGUUGAUGAAAAUCUGCAGUUCGCGUCUGAUUCCGCGGAGUACGAGCGAGGGCGUAGACGAUUGGGGUUGCGAGGGCGGUUGGCAGGAGAUCGGCCUCAACCCUCCCCGUCGCGCGAGCACCCCGAGCAGCGAAAAUCCCGCGCGGGAAGGGGCCGACCUCGCGGGGAAAUCCCUCACGCCUGAAAAGGAACCCCUGAAAAGUGGGGUUGGGAAAACGCCCGAGACGACGGGGAAGAAAUCCCCUUGGGUGCCUCGUACCCCUUCCGGGCAGAACCUUUGCUUCCCCGGUACGGGCUUGCCUCUUCACCCGCUCUCCAAAGACUACCGUAAGUUCAUCCUCUACCAGAUCUUCCGCGGUGUGGGCUACCUACAUCGCUGCCCAGUGAUGCAUCGGGAUCUGAAACCGGAGAACAUCCUCGUGGAUUACAACUACAACACCUGCAUCACGGACUUCGGGCAAGGCCGCGACGUCGGCGUUAACAAAUCCGAGCGCGUUCAUACGAUGCUUGGGAACUGCUCGCAGUGGUACGCGGCCCCGGACACCCUUAUUCUCAGCACGGAUACCGUCAAAACGGGCUUCGUUGAUAACGAAUUCUUUCACGCCAUCGAUGUCUGGUCGAUUGGCUGUAUCGCGGCGGAGAUGCUCAUCGGGUAUCCCUUAUUUUACAAUUCAUCCAUGUCGAGCGUUGGGCACCUGGUGGCGGUCGUGGAAACGCUGGGGGAGCCCUCCUGCGAGUCCGUGUGUGCCAUCCUGGAUCGCCGAUACGAAUCCGACAAGGAGUCCUUUUUGUAUGUCAUCGAGUGUAUCCGGGUGCUGCUGAAAGGACGUCAAAGCAUCCUAAAGCACCUUCUCAAAAGCCCCUUCGGCGAUGAAACGGAGGAUGAAGUUCAGCUCAUUAUGAGUUGCCUCGUGUGGAAUCCACAGGAUCGUAUCACCAUUCAGAAAGCCUUGGAGAGCCCGUACUUUAUUGAUGACGGCUACGAGCCCGUGAUCGACCCCAAAGAUACGGCGAAGCAGGUUGCGGUGGUGCGGCAAGAGGAAGUCUCCGAUACGGCAAGCGGGCGGGCUUUCCUGUGGAACCUUUUCACGAAGAGGCAUCCGGAGGUGAACGAGCUGUGGAAUAUCCUUGAAGAGCACCAUAAAGCGCACGUCGAACGUGAGGCGCGAGCGGGUGAAACGACGACGAAGCCCUAG